AUGUACGUUAAGUGUCCACAUGCUAAUAUUGAUGCUGAUACACAGAUGAAUAUUUUCUUUGAUGGGCUCAAUCCUCCAUCAAAAAGUCAUGUGAACGCAUUGGCUGGGGGUUCAUUUUCAAACAAACUAGCAAGAGAGGCUUUUGAAUUAUUUGAGAUGAUGGCCACAGAAUCUCAGCAAUGGGCAGUAGAACAUUCACAGAAGAGGGGAAUCUUUGAGUUAUCAGCAGGUUCGCCUAACAUGUCUGCACAAAUGGCACAAAUGGAGAAGAAAAUGGAUGCAAAAUUUGACACUAUUUUGCAACAGAUAGCAAAUUCCACACAGCAACAGCCACCUGCAGCAACAGUUUGCAGCAUUUGUAGCAUGACAACACACGAUAUAUUUGGAUGCCCGCAUAGAGAAUCCUACCCAGAACUUGUUGAGCAACAUGUUAAUAUGAUGAACAACUAUCAAAGGCCUAGGAAUGAUGCAUAUGCAACUCAGUACAAUCUAGGAUGGAGGGAUCACCCUAAUUUCAAAUGGAGUGACAAUCAAAAUAAUGCAAAACUGUUCCAGCAAGCACAAAAACCUUUUGUAUCAUCAAAACCGACUGUGGAUGAUCAGCUUGCUAAAUUAGCAGCAACAACUCAAUCAUUCAUAAAGGGCAGCAACCAAAGAUUCCAAAAUGUUGAAGCAUCAAUUAAAAGUUUAGAGCAACAGUUUGGACAGCUAGCUGCACAGAUUUCAGAGAGAGAAAAGGGCAAAUUUCCUAGUCAAAUAGUGCCUAAUCCAAGAGGACGUGAAGAUUGCAAUGCUGUUCGGACUUUACGAUGUGGAAAGAGCUAUGACAAUCGUGAAAAUAGCAUUGAAAAGGAACAUAUAGCAGUGGAGGAUCAUGCAGAAAAUUUUGCAGCAACAGAACCUGCCAAAAUUGCAGAAAAACAUAAUCUGGCAGAUCCCGAAACUAUCCCAAAACAGGUUUUACAGCGUGUCUAUGACCCUCCACUGCCCUAUCCUGAACGUCUAAUUCCUAAGGCAAGAGAUCAACAGCUCAAGGACUUUAUGCAGACAUUAUCCAACGUUCAAAUCAACAUUCCAUUGCUGGAAGCUAUCAAGAAAAUUCCAUCUUAUGCCAAAUUUUUAAAAGAAGUUUGA